AUUAUAAUGUCCCAUACACGUAACAUUAUAACUAAAAUUUGUAUAAGGUUUAGAACCCCUGCCGCACUAAUGAGUUUAUCACCUAUCCUUUGUUAUUCGCAAACGCUCUUUUGUGUGAGGUGUCAUGCUGUUUACUUUAAAGCUGUUACUAAGUUCUAUAUUAUUAUCUCGCUUGCGCUCGCACUUCGUGAGUAUUGCUUGCUUUCUCACACAUUUGUCAUCUUGUUGUUUACAUGCUCGGGCGCAAGAAGUAAUCCUAAGCUAUUUCUGUUUUUUGUAUCCUACCCUCUCGUAUUAAACAUUUUAUUUAAUUAUUUAAUUACAUUCUGUUAUACUAAUUUAUACUCGAUUCUUGUUAAUAUCUCCAAUGGCUAAUGUCUUAAAAGAUAAGUUUAAUGUUUACUAUCAGAAUGUUCGUGGAUUGCGAACCAAAACUGAUAUUUUCUAUAGGCAAAUGGCAUGUAAUUCAUUUGAUGUUAUUGUUCUCACAGAGACCUGGUUACUGGAUGGAAUAUCGAACUCUGAGCUGUUUGAUAAUCGCUAUAUAGUAUGGAGACGUGAUCGUGAUUAUGGUUCUACCGGACAAACCCGCGGUGGCGGCGUUUUAAUUGCUACCCGAAGAGAUCUAUCAACCAUUCAUCAACCACUUUUUCAAUCUACAGCAGAGGAUCUGUGGUUAACCAUACGACUAAAAAAUUUAAAUACGCGUUCCUAUAUUAACCUUUGCGUUAUCUAUUUGUGCAAACAAAAUCUUGGUAUUUCUUUUUCAACGCAAGUAUCCAAUUUUCUACUAAAUCUAAACCGAACUGUCAUGAAUAAUAAUAACAAUGAUACAUUUCUCGUGUUGGGCGAUUUUAAUAUGAGCGGAAUAAACUGGCUACCAUCCGACAAUCUGUUCCUGGUUCCCUCCAAUAUUCAUUCUCACGAUGAAUAUUCGUUCACCGAUGAAUUAAAUGCAUUAAACUUGCAGCAAUAUAACGGAGUUCUUAAUGGGCAUGGAAAAAUUCUAGAUUUAGUACUCUCUAAUAACUUAGUUACUGUCUCUGAAUGGUCGGAAUCACUAGUGCCCAUCGAUGCCUACCAUCCGGCGCUGCUCGUCAAUGUAGAUUUUUUGGAAGUUACCUUGUUGGAGUGCGCUCCGCGGAUUCGUUACCUUUAUGAUAAAGGUGAUUAUGACACAAUAAACGAUAGUGUUCGGUUGAUGGAUUGGGAACGAGAGUUCUCAAAUCGAACAAUAGAUGAGUCUGUUGACUUUUUCAAUAUCUUUUUAUCUGACCUGCAAACUAAGUAUAUCCCACAAAAGACAUCUCGAAAUAAAUUGUAUCCGGUUUGGUACAGCACAUCGCUUAUUAAAUGCAUUAAAGAAAAAUAUAAAUAUUUAAAAAAGUUUAAACUUUAUGGUAAUAAAUCAGAUGAAUUGACAUUCAAACUUCUGCGUGAAAGGGUUAAAUUACUGGCAUCGGAAUGUUACGCCUCGUAUUUAAAAAUAACAGAGGACUCCAUAAAAGUAAUUCCAAAACAUUUUUGGUCAUUUGUAAAAAAUCGUCAUAAUUCUAAUGCGGUUCCGAGUACUUUGACAUACGAAAACCAAAUAAUGUCGUCUGGUGUGUCAAUAUGUGAAGCUUUUUCUAAAUAUUUUCUGUCAAACUUCCUAAAUCCCAGUAACGACAAUCCUAACAUUCAUUCUUCUGUUCUUCCUAUUGGAUCUGUAUCAUCUGAAAUUUCUAACGUAAUGAUAAAUACAGAUUACGUACAUAAAUUACUUGCUCAAUUGGACACGUCUAAAGCGGCAGGCCCGGAUAGCAUAUCGCCUAAUUUAUUAACACGAUGUUCCUCCUCUCUUGCUUAUCCUGUAUCACUUCUAUUUAAAAAAUCAUUGUCUUCUUGCGUAGUUCCUAAACAGUGGAAGUCAGCUUUUAUAACACCUAUACAUAAAAAAGGAGCCAAAACAUUAAUUACCAACUAUAGGCCUAUAUCAAAAUUAUGUCUUUUAGCCAAAGUCCUUGAACGGGUUGUCUACAAUCAAGUAUAUGCUGCUCUUAGGAACUCAAUGAGUCCACUACAACAUGGUUUUUUAAAAGGUAAAUCCACUGUCACCAACCUUGUUUUACUGAAUGACUAUAUUACGGAGGUAAUGGACGGGGGUGGCCAAGUGGAUGUGGUCUAUACAGACUACAGCAAGGCUUUUGACAGAAUUGAUCACAGAAUUUUGAUAUCAAAAAUAAACACUAUGGGUGUCCACGGUGACCUACUUAGAUGGUUCUCCUCGUACUUGGAUAAUAGGUCACAAGCUGUAGUACUCAAUAACUAUAUUUCGAGUUGGGUUCCUGUCCCUAGCGGAUGUCCUCAGGGCUCCUUGCUUGGUCCAUUAUUAUUUGUUGCAUAUAUUAACGAUAUCGAUUCAUGUCUGUUGUCUUCGAAACUAUUGUGUUUUGCUGAUGACAUGAAAAUUUACGCAGCUAUAUCAUCAAUCGAGGAUAUGCCGAAACUUCAGGCUGAUCUGGAAAGACUGGAGGAAUAUUGUCGGAGAAGUAGGUUAGACCUUAAUCCUGCCAAAUGCUCGGUGGUGACAUAUUCACGUAAACGUUCAGUUAUCCAAACGAGUUACACUUUGGGUGGUCAGCCUUUACCCCGAGUGAGCUCCAUCCGCGAUCUAGGUGUACACCAUGAUAGUAAACUCUUGUUCGAAACACAUGUGGAUAAUAUUGUCUCAAAGGCCACCAAAUCUCUGGGAUUUAUAAUGAGGGUCUCUAAAUCUUUUAAAAAUGCAAAGACCUUAAAAAUAUUAUAUUGUACUUUUGUUCGGAGUCAGUUGGAGUAUGCGUCUGAAAUUUGGAAUCCUUGUUACCAAAAAUAUGUUGAUAGAUAAAACAUCCAAAAAAGGUUCAUAAAAUUUUUAUGUUUCCAUCAGAAAGUUCCAUAUAAAUCCGACAAUUACCAUGAUCUUUGUAAAAAGUAUCAUUUACUACCUCUGUCUAUUCGUCGUGAGAUCUCUGACUGCAUAUUUCUAUUAAAAUUUUUCAAAAAUUACUUUUAUUGCCCUGAACUUUUAUCUAAAUUUAAUUUUAAUAUACCAUCCAGAACCCGCUAUAAUCCACCUAUUUCUGUGCCAUUUGCGUCAACGAACUAUAGAAAAAACUCUUGCAUUGUGCGUGCGAGUAGAACCUUAAAUAAUUUAUGUAAACAGCAUGAUAUUGACUUGGUUUUUCAAAGACCACGAUGUGGAGUAAUCACAGUGUUGAUUAUGUAUGCUUUCUAUAAUAUAACUAAGUACUGUUUUAUUAAUAAUUUUUAUUUUUCUUCUUCUAAAUUGUAAGUUCAUGGUUAUUUUUCAUACUCUAGUGUUAAACGUGAGGACUUGUUAUUGGCUGACCGAUUGUUGUUCAAAAUUACAACGUGUUUUAUCUUGCUGUAAGUCUUCCAUGCUGUAUAAAUAAAUAAAUAAAUAAAUAAACGUUUUAAUUCCUGCACCAGACUUUAUUUUGGCUUUCAUGACUUUGCUCACCAACCAUGAGCUAAGUUUUUCCUGCAUGCUUAUACCUAAGUCUUUGUUUAGCCAUGUUUAACAGUUGUAAAUCGGCUUUGUGUCGAUUAGGUAAAUCUGUAUGGUUCUGAUAUGCAAUAUCGUGAUGCAUACAAGCUUCGCCUAACUUGUUUACGCCUAUAUCUCCACGUAGU